GAAAACGCCACGAAGAAUAAGCAGCCACGUCAAAGAAUCAGCUGCCCAAAGUCUCACCUCUCAACAUUCCACAGCUCAGCUCUUCCAUCGAGCGUCAUCCCUUCUCAGCUCUUCUACCAUCGAUUCCUCUGCCGGGUGGUUGCUCUCCGCGGGCUGACAGCGGGAUACGUCGAAAUGGACACCUCAAACGUGCGUGUCGCCGUCGUUGGCGCCGGACCCGCGGGCCUCGGCGCCAUCAAGGCGAUGCUAGAUGAGGGCUUCAACGUAACUGGAUUUGAGCGACGACCAGACGCUGGCGGCUUAUGGGCCUUUUCGGAGAAUCCCCAGUUCACUUCCGCGACGGAGAGUACCAAGGCACAGUUGAGCAAGUUCAUGUUACCGUUUACCGAUUUCCCGAUGCCGGAUGACUUUCCGCUCCACCCUAGCUCUGCAGAUCUAGCUGCGUAUUAUCAGAGCUACGCGAAGCAUUUUGACCUUUUGAAAAGGAUUGUCUUCAAUGCCUCGGUCAGUUCUUUGACAAGGACCGAAGAUGGAACCAAGUGGGCUCUCUUGGUUGAAGGCGAGGCCUCGCCGAGAGUGUUUGACAAUGUCAUUGUAGCUACGGGCACAGAGGUCACUGCCAGCGUCCCCGAGAUAGAAGGGCUCGAUCUAUUCAAGGGUCGCUUUCUCCACAGCCAAGAGUACAAGAGGCCGGAAGCCUUUGCUGGUCAAAACGUUGUCAUUAUCGGCCAAGGAAACACAGCGGGAGACUGCGCAGUGGAUCUUGUUUCACAUUCGUCCAAGGUGUACUGGUCUCAUCGCCGCGGCGCACUAGUCGUGCCGCGGCUCGUCAACGGUGUCCGCUUCGACUCGUUCGCAUCAUGGAAGAAGACGCGCGUGGGAUUUUGGGCCAGCAAGGUGAUGCCAGCCUUCCACCGAUGGAUGUUUGACAUGUUCUUCUCGUGGAUUGUCCAGGCGGUCUGGGGCGACCUCGACCCUCAGUGGCGGCUCGACAGAAAUGCCUACUAUGCGACUACCAUCUCUGGAAUAGUGAUCAACGACGAUAUCAUUGCGACGCUGCGAGAUGGACGCGUCGAAUCAACAGCGGGCGUUCGAAAAAUUGUCGGACCUCGCUCCGUGGAGUUGGAUGACGGGACAGUCCUCGACGAGGUCGAUACCAUUAUCGCGUGCACGGGUUAUCUCAACACGCUCCAUGUGCUCGACGGCAUCGUAAACUACUCGCAGCCGCACCCCGAUGUCAGACCGAUGGCAGAUAUUUACCAGGGCAUCUUUCCCCUUGGAUACACCGACUCACUGGCAUGUCUCAACUAUGCCGUCGUCAUGGAAAUUGCCACGACAUGCAGAGAGUUAUCGUCGAUGGCCAUUGCGCAGGUCUGGGCCGGCAAGUCGAAGCUCCCACCGGCAGAGGAAAUGGAAGCCCAAGUGCGCGAGCACCAGACCUGGUUCGUUAACCUAUCGCUCGAGACGCCGCUCCAGAUAAUAGAGGGCACCAUCGAGCCGCACGAGUGGCUCAAGUUUGUUAACGAAACGGCUGGCACGGGCGUUUAUGAGAACCUUGGCUGGACGCUUCAGGGGAUCCGAUUCGCCAUCAGGGAGCCCAGACUCUCGUUUAUGAUGCAGUGGGGAGUGAACUCGCCGCACAUCUAUCGGGUGUUCGAGACAGGCAAACGCAAGGCCUGGGAUGGGGCUCGGGGGGCGAUCAAGCACGUUAAUCAUUUGAGUGACAUUGACCUUGCCGAGGCCAAGUCGAAGACUUCUUAAUUCGAGUGUCAACACAGUGUUUGGACUGAGGUUGACUGAGUUUAGUUUGGAGGGUUCAGCUGGCUAUUGGAUAUGGGCUUAGGCGGUUAUGUUUUGUGUUACUUUGCGCAAUAACAAUUGGAUUAAAUCACG